AUGUCUUCCGCAAAGCUUAUUGGAAUGGGCCUUCAGCUCCUUAAGCGAGACGAUGAAGAGUCCGAUCCCGAGGAGGGUGACUCUGCCCAAAAGGAAUUGUUCGCGGCAUGGGCGCUCUUCAUCUCCAUCAUGCUGCUCAUAUUCGCUCUCUUCACGAGUUAUAUGCUUCAGAUGAAGAAGGUCACUGCUAUACACGAAACAGUUAUAUCCAUCUUUGCAGGAAUGCUCGUCGGGCUCAUCCUCCUUAUAACGUCUGGCGACGGCAUUCGCAACAUUAUCAGUUUCGACUACCAGAUCUUCUUCAAUCUGCUACUACCGCCCAUUAUUCUAUCCUCGGGCUAUGAGUUGCACCAGGCCAACUUCUUCCGGAACAUCGGUACCAUCUUGACGUUUGCUUUUGCUGGAACUUUCCUCUCUGCUGUCGUCAUUGGCGUGAUCCUAUAUGUCUUCAGUCUGGUUCCUGGCUCUCUGGAGAUGACCUUCGUCGAUGCGAUUUCCGUGGGCGCAACUCUGUCAGCUACCGAUCCUGUCACUAUUCUGGCCAUUUUCAACACUUACAAGGUCGACCCGAAGCUGUACACCAUCAUCUUCGGAGAGUCUAUCUUGAACGAUGCUAUUGCCAUUGUCAUUUUUGAGACUGCACAGAAAUAUAAGAAGGGCGAGGCUGCUAAUCUUGGCAUUGUCAGUUUCUUUGAAGGUACAGGCAUCUUCCUACUGGUCUUUUUCUGCAGUAUGUUUAUUGGCUUCCUUGUUGGUGUGGCCACUGCUCUGCUGCUCAAGUUCACGUACCUUCGUCGAACUCCCAAGAUUGAGAGUUGCUUGAUCGUCCUGAUUGCUUACGCCACUUACUUCUUCUCCCACGGACUCCAUAUGUCUGGUAUCGUGUCACUGCUCUUCUGCGGUAUCACUCUCAAACACUAUGCCUAUUUCAAUAUGUCGCGCCGAACUCAGCUUACCACCAAGUUCAUCUUCCAAAUCACAUCGCAAUUGUCUGAGAACUUUAUCUUCAUCUACCUAGGACUGGCCUUGUUUACCGACAACAACCAAUUCCAGCCACCUCUCAUCAUCGUCACCAUCCUGGCCGUGUGCGCUGCCCGAUGGGUUGCUGUAUUCCCCCUGUCUAAAGCUAUUAACUGGUUCAUCCGGUACCGCGCUGCCAGGCGAGGCCAGGAGGUUGGCGAUGAGCUACCUUACAACUACCAGGCCAUGCUCUACUGGGCUGGUCUACGUGGAGCUGUCGGUGUAGCUCUGGCUGCUUUGCUCACCGGCGAGAACUCACCCGCACUCCGAGCCACUGUUCUGGUAGUUGUUGUACUCACCGUUAUCAUCUUUGGUGGUACCACCGCUCGCAUGCUUGAGAUCCUUGGGAUUCGCACUGGUGUUGUUGAAGAAGUUGACAGCGACGAUGAGUUUGAUAUUGAAACCUUUGGCGGAGGUAUUCAAGUCAAGCGCUCAGGAACUGGUAUUGGUUACAACCCUCGCAGGAAUGGCAGCGUCGCCCUUGGCAGUCUUGAGGCCGGCCAGUCUGCUAGUUAUGUCUCAGGUGCCUCAUCGCCGCACACGGGCGCCCGUCCAGGGGGUAAGAUUCGAAAGAAUUCUAUCCCAGAACGAUCAGAUCUUCUACGCAACGAUGAUUCCGAUAUCGGUAGCGAUAUCGACGUCUCUGAUCUACCUCCGCCAGCACGUCGGUCGCCACUCCCACGCGCCAGUACAGCACCUCCGUCCAGGGUGGACAGUGCAUACGCAACUCCCACCUCGGAGACACCAGGAGGCCAACCCAUCACUGCGGGCAAUGCUAUUCGACAGCUCUGGUCGUCGGAAGAUCCUGCUAGUGUGUUCCACCACUUGGACGAGGAUUUUAUCAAACCCAGACUACUCCUCCAGAGCGACAGUUCAAGAGGCGGAAACGGUGGGUCUAGUUGA